AUGGCCUCAUUCAAAUUUCCCCCCGAACUACUUGCGAUCAUCACGUCUCUCUCAGACAGGGAAACCCUCAGGGCCCUGAGGCUGACAAACCACCUGUUAUGUGCCUUCGCAACCAAGAACCUGUUCUUCAAGUUCUCACUGAACACAUAUGAUAGAACCUGUGAGCAUUUGGAGUUAAUCAUAGCACAUCCGCGGCUGAAAAAACAUGUGCGCAAGAUUUACCUCAAUACUGUCGAGGACGACUAUGAGUCUGAUGACGAUCGCUUAGAAGUUGAUCUUGAGCUACCUUGGAAAUGGAAGGAUGUCCUAUCUAUGCUUUCAAAACUUCCGAAUCUCGAAAGCGUCAUUCUGCGCUUUGACAAGAACUGCUCGAUAGGGGAUAAUUACGGCGAGACACCUCAGUCAAAUGAGUACCGCGAAACCAUCAUAAAAUGGCUGGGUACGGGGUUGGGGUCUUUAAAGAAACCCUUAAAAGAACUGGGAUUUUGGAAUCAACAGAAUGUAACACCAUUGACAAAAGAUUUUCAGCAAGUACUGAGCACGUUAAGUUCGUUGAGAUUGAAUGUUGUGCAUGAAAUCGAGGCUCCGUAUUCUGGGUAUGAAAUCGAGAAAGAGGAAGUACAGGAGUUCUACGCACGUAUACUGCCCUCAGUCUGGCUAAAACCCUCAAUGGGGUCACUCCGGAAGUUGUCUCUGUACUCCAACUUUUACUGGGGGUUUUAUCCCCAAUUCAGCCUUGGAGGGAUCCACUGCCCAAAUUUGCAGUCGCUCACUUUAGGCAACUACUCCUUCUUCGAAGACAAGCAGCUCGAUUGGAUUCUAUCGCACUCGUCAACACUUCAAGAACUUUAUCUUGACGAUUGCCAAAUUUUGACACAAACAAGGUUAUCCAAUCUUUCCAAAUGUCCGAUACCGAGAUCUAGAAUGAAGCUUCAGACUUCUGAGGGCAUGGGUGAGGCCUGGCACCAUCACUAUCCACGCCGGUGGAAUGAAUACUUUUGCUCAUUCGAGAAACACCUUCUGCAUCUCCGUCGUUUUGCAAUUGGUCAUAGUAACGAAUGGGAUCUACAAUAUGUAGUAAUGCCUUUCGAGAAAGAACGUGACCUUGUGCCAGUACUGAUGCGAGACCGGUACAUGGCAUUUGAUGGCGAUUUAGCAGUCGCUCACUUCCAUUCACUAUGUGAGUACGCUGGACAUGUGGAUUGGCCACAUUGCGAUGAUGAAGAUCGCGAGGCUUUGAAGGCAUUAUACCGGAAGAUCAAGCAGCAGGUAGACUAUGGAGAGUUUACUAUGGGAGAGCACAAGGUGGCCGAUUUGAUGGACGUUUGCUCACGGUAA